ACAAAGACAACAAUGGGUGUUUCGUUCUCGAAGUUGUUUAGCAACCUUUUUGGUCACAAAGAGAUGCGGAUCUUGAUGGUUGGUCUAGACGGUGCCGGUAAGACCACCGUUUUGUACAAAUUGAAGUUGGGCGAGGUUGUCACGACCAUCCCCACCAUCGGGUUCAACGUGGAGACCGUCGAAUACAAGAACAUCUCGUUCACCGUCUGGGAUGUUGGUGGACAGGACAAGAUCAGACCUUUGUGGAGACACUACUUCAGAAACACAGAGGGCAUUAUCUUCGUCGUGGACUCUAACGACAGAUCCCGUAUUGCCGAGGCCAGAGAGGUAUUGCAGAGAAUGUUGAACGAGGACGAGAUCAGAAACGCGGUGCUGUUGGUCUUCGCCAACAAGCAGGAUUUGCCGGAGGCCAUGUCCGCGGCCGAAAUCACCGAGAAAUUGGGCCUCCACUCCAUCAGACAGCGUCCUUGGUACAUCCAGGCCACCUGUGCAACUUCUGGGGAGGGCCUAUACGAGGGCUUGGAAUGGUUGAGCACCAACUUGAAGAACCAAGCAUGA